AGGGAGAGGUAGCUCAGAGAAGAAACCCCAACCACAAAGUAGACAGACGGUUUGUCCGUCAGGCCAGGGUACUCGUGGUCUCUGAGGGGCUGCAGGGGCUGGAGCACAUGUUCCGUAGUUUCUAAACUUUCAGCUGGAAAACAAUAGUCUCUUCUUCCUCAGCUACAGUGGACCAGGUGGGGAGUAAGUUAGAUAGCUUUGGUUGUUUAUUUCAGCCUCCAUAGUCUCUCAAUCUGGAGACUGAAUCAGCCCCACAGCAAGAAACACACAGACGCGCGCGAAACUCUCAGCGGAGCGGCGCGCGCUGCUCCUCCUCUACUGGACCUUAGUUACACUUCGGUCGUUAGUUAGCAGGUUAGAAUCCAGCGGCGGCCCACCUCUCCGCGCCCACCCGAGACUCAAAACUGCGUGUUAACUGGACUGAACCGCGUCUUCUCGUGAAGAACAACUGGAACUUGUGAGAGAACAGUGAAUGGCUCCAGCCUGGCAGCGUACUGGAGCUGAACACCUGCCGCUGAGGAGAUAUUAUAAAACUGCGGAGACCCAAACAGAGGGUAACCGAUCAGCCUCAACAGAAACAGAGCCCUUACCAAACUGUAGAACUGGUUAAAAGUAGUUAACGUUACUGUUCUGCUAUAAACUGGAUUUAGACAGCGUUAAAAGCCUCCCUAAACUUUAUUUGGGAUUUAAAAGAAGAAGAGAAGAAGAAGGAGGAGGAGGAAUCAUCCAUGGAGUGACUUCUGUUUGUUGACUUCAGACAAGUGCCUAAAUAAGGUAAGGAGGGAUAUGUGAUGGUGUGUGACUGUUUGCCAUGGGACAGGAGAGACUCUGGCUUCUGGGUGUCACUGUCACUGCCACCCUCUGUCUUCUGGGUCCCUUGCUUGGUGCUGAACCGGUGGUGAGAGGACGAGUUGGGGGGUCUGCAGAGUUGGGAUGCAGUCUCACCUCUACAGCAGAUGGGGUGACUUCCCCAAAUCUCUUCCCUCUGCAUGUGGUGGAAUGGGUACGACUGGGUUAUAACGUUCCAAUCCUCAUAAAAUUUGGAGACUACACGCCACGAGUUCACCCAAACUAUAAAGGUCGUGUGUCUCUGACAAAGGGAGCUUCACUGCUGGUGGACAGUUUGACACUAGAAGAUGAAGGCUGGUUUGAGUGUCGCAUCCUUCUGCUGGACAGAACCACAGACGAGUACAAAAAUGGCACUUGGACCUUCCUCUCCAUCACAGCUCCUCCAGUGUUUAUAAAGACACCCCCUGCCUUUGUGGAGGUCUUAUUAGGAGACUCCCUCACGCUCAGUUGUGGUGCUCAUGGUAACCCCAAACCAACCAUCACCUGGAGAAAAGAUGACAGCAUGGUGGAGAAACAUCACAAGAUUCAGUUGCUGAAUGGAACCUUAUCUUUGGCCAAGGUAACCAGGGAGACAGCUGGAAUUUACAAGUGUCACGUGUCUAAUGUUGAAGGAAACCUGACCCAUUCUACUCAGCUACAAGUUAAAGGUCCUCCAGUUAUCCUCAUUUCCCCAGAGGACACCACCAUGAACAUGUCCCAGGAUGCAGUUCUGCAGUGCCAGGCUAAUGCAUACCCAUCUAACCUCACAUAUGAGUGGUGGAAAGAAGGACAAAAUGUUCAUCACGUUGAAUCUCUAAAGUCUCGUGUAAAGAUCCUAGUAGAUGGGACCCUCCUAAUUCCUGGACUAAUCCCAGAAGACUCAGGGAACUACACCUGCAUACCCACCAAUGGGUUACUAACUCCACCCUCUGCUUCUGCCUACCUCAAAGUCAAACACCCUGCACGGGUGGUGCGAAUGCCCAGGGAGACCUACCUGCCUGUGGGUAUGGGAGGAAAAAUUGUGUGUCCAGUCCAAGCUGAGCCUCCCAUGCUAUAUGUCAACUGGACCAAAGAUGGAAACUCUCUAGACCUGGACCAGUUUCCAGGAUGGAUGGUUAAUUCAGAAGGCUCUGUGUUCAUAGCCACAGCCAACGAUGAUGCAGUAGGCAUGUACACCUGCACAGCCUACAACAGCUAUGGAACUAUGGGUCAGUCAGAGGCCACCAAAGUAAUCCUAGAGGAUCCACCCUCAUUUCGGGUAUCUCCCAGGGCUGAGUACCUGCAAGAGGUCGGUAGAGAACUCAUAAUCCCCUGCCAAGCACAUGGAGAUCCAUCUCCAAAUAUCACUUGGUCCAAGGUUGGUGCUGCCCCUCGCUCUCCAUUUACAGUAUCAUCCAAUGGUUCUCUGGUACUGCGUCCUCUUAGCAAAGACCACCAGGGGGCGUGGGAGUGUUAUGCCACCAACCGUGUGGCCACAGUCAGCACAGGCACCAUGAUAUUAGUGCUGGGCACUAGUCCACAUGCGGUGACUGCGGUCUCUGUAGAUCCAGGGCUGAACCAUGCUAACGUGUCCUGGGAGCCAGGCUUUGAUGGAGGAUAUACACAGAAGUUCACCGUCUGGGUGAAGCCCACGACCAGAGGGAAGCAUGAAUGGGCAUCUCUUCCUGUUCCCACAUCUAAAUCCAAUCUCCUUGUUACGGGUCUUCAGGCUGCCACCAGUUACCAGUUCAGCAUUCUGCCCCAGAACAAACUGGGAUCUGGUCCUUUCAGUGAGAUUGUCACUAUUAGGACACUGGCUCCGGCAACAGACCCACCCACUGUAGUAACUAUUUUAGCAACAAUACCCCCUCCUACCUCACUGUCAGCCAAUCGUACCGCAGUAGGCGUGCUGCUGCAGUGGUCCCCACCAUCUGUUGAGUCUUCACAGAUCACAGCCUUCGUCCUCCAGGGAAGGCAAGAUAGGCAAGGAGAGUGGGUUACACUUGAUGGAGCAGUCAACAUUAAUACUACAGAACUGGUUGUGCAGGGACUAUUCAGGGAUUCCACUUAUGAACUGCGACUGCUGUCUUGCAAAGACAAAAUGAUCAGUGACCCCAGUGAAUCAGUCAGUGUUUCUACUAAAGGUAUGGAGAUCUACCCAGCUCCGCCCAGUUUGCUGGCUUUUGUUCCUGAGCCCUUGCUGGCUGGUGUAAUUGGGGGUGUGUGUUUCCUGUUUGUGGCCAUCAUCCUUUCACUGAUGACAGCGUGUAUCAUGAGCCACAGAAGGGAGCGGCGCCGCAGAAAGAGAAGAGAUGAUAUUCCAUCUGCCUUCCAGAAGAACUCAUCUCCACAAGCUCGCUCGCCUUCUGACAGCCCCGACAGCAUGUUAAAGAUGAAGCUGUGCCCUCCCCUAAACUUUUUCCCAAAUUCCUCUUCUUCUGACCGCUCAGAUCGCUCCUCCUUCGACAAGGGCAGCCGUAGUGAGUAUCAGGAUCAGAAGAAGCAGCUCCUCUCAUCAUCCUCUCCACCACCACAUUAUACUCUCUUUGAGAGCCACCUUGGCGGCUCCCCGUCCCCAACGUCUGCCAUUGAGUCCAUAUCCAGGGGACCUGAUGGCCGCUUCAUUGUCCAGCCAUGCCCAGAGAAUUCCACACCAAUGCACAUUAAGAAGAACCUUAAAAAAGAAUUCCCCCAGUCAAGUGGCUCUUUUAGAGAUUCUCCCAAAGCCAACUCUAUUAGCUCAGGGAAGGAUGAGAGACAAGGGCCACCACCAGGUCUGGCUGUAGACUCGGUAGAGCCUGAGAGACCCGCUCACUCCCCAGGCAGGGUAAAAGCAAUGGCCAGAAACUUCUCCCGCCAUGGCUGCUUUUACUCGGACGAGGAGCAGGGCUGUUCAGAGGCUCUUCUGGAGAGGGUCAGCAUCUAUUCAGACUGCAGUGAAAACAGGGGUCGGGACUCGCUGAGUAAGUACUGCCUCCCAAGCAAUCGGGAGGACAUCUUUCCGAGCCUAACCAAGAGAGCCCGUGCUCUAGAGAGAGAGAGACUGUUGCAUCAGAGUGCUUACCAGCCAAUGGAGAGAGACAGUCAGCUGAGUGAACUUAGCACAGUGGUCUCUCAGUUGGCAAGUGAAGAGAGGGAUAACCUUAGUAAGUGUUUGAUGCUAGCAAAGGAGCGGGAGAAGAUGGAGCGGGAGCUGGAGAGCUACACUGUCAGCCGCAGGGCACAGCAGUGUGAAAAGGAGCAAAGGCGUGCCAAAUCAGCCAGCCCUCUAAGACGAUGGGCAGGGGCUGAGUCAGAGGACCCUGUUUGGAAACCUCAGGACAUCCAGCUCCGUCAAAAAACACAGAGACCUAGUAGCCUGGCCCAGCGGGUUUCAGACUAUCGGAGGGGAUGUUACUUUGGCAACACCAGCAGUCCCAUGGAGCAAAUACCCCCCUCCUCCUCCUCUUACAUUCAUUGGGACAUCAGUCCUGUAACCUCACCUACCAACCAGGUGCCUAUGCAAAGCCUCUCAGAGGGAAACACACCUCAUUGCUUGGACCCAGACACAUCUCGGCAAGGACUAGUGGCUAUUGAGGACUCUACGGCAGCUGGAGAUCCCUCACAUUCACCAGUCACACAGUGCACUUCCCUCUCACUUCUCUCCCCAAGAAGAAACAGUCCCUCUCCCUGUGGCUCUAACCUGAGUAAGGCACGGGUCAGAUGCCCAGAGAGAACAGCAGAGAGGGAGCAGGAAUUUUUCUGCUCAAGGACUCUGGCAGAUGAAAGAUGGAGGAAAGGCAGAGGAAUAGAAACACAAACAGCUGUGUCUAGAUCCACAUGUCCAUCUCCCCAUAGUCCUCAUCCAUCUGAGAUGGAAUUUGAGAGAACACAACAAAUUGUAGCAGAAAGAGAAAGAGUAAGAAGCCCUUGUUUUCACUACCCCAAACCCAGCACUCAUACAGAGGACACAAACCUUAAUCGCAAAGUAAAGUUAAGCCACAGUCCCUCUGGUUGCUCCACUCUUCCUUAUGACCAUCAAAGAACAGGGGCCAAAGUCAAAGUGCAAGAGAGUGAGAGCAAAGCUGGAGAUGAGGUCAGCUCCUCAUCUCUGCAGCCUGAGAGAGAGAAGGAGGGAGUAAGGGCUCGCUCUCGCAAAAGUGACAAAUGUGUCUUCAGUGAUAGCCCCAGCCGAAUUUCUCCUCUGACCCUUGAAAAUGAGGCAGAAAGCGAUCAGUCUAAUUUCUCCAUUGCCAGAAUGUCAGAAUCAAUGAAAGCCAAGAUUGUCCCUCAACCGGCCAGAGCAUCUCCUCUGCAAACUAGUACUAUCUUGGAGUAUUUGAGCCUUCCAGGCUUCAUUGAAAUGAGCGUAGAUGAGCCUGUUGAGGAAAGUCAGCAAGCAGAAUCUACCUGGCCCAACUCAGAGCCAGAAAACAGGACUCUAUUAAGAGGUGAGCCAGAUGUGGUCCCUAAGAAUUGGGAAACUCAUAGUCAGGAUGAGUCAGAGGUUAAUGAGGUUAAAAAUCAUCAGAGCAGGGUUUUGGUGGACAUCCACACUCCAUAUGUGCCUUUAGAACAUUCUAUUCCUGAAAAUGUAAAUAAUUCCAAACCCUGUCCAGAGCUGUUAUACAGAGAUAUCAGUGUAAGCUCAGAGCCAUCAGAGACAAAGUCUAGAGCAGCACAAACUAGAGAUCAAGAGGGAAGGAGUUCUCAGUCAUUGCUCUCCCAAAAAAGAACAGAUUCUCAUUACCAACAACCCACCAAUCAGAUCAAUCCAGCACAGACCCUAGUGAGUACUGCCAAAAGUGUGGCAUCACUGUUCUCUACUAGUCCCAGUCAAGGUGAAAUUAUUGCAGAAUUGGUAUCGGAACAAUCUCAAAAACCCCAGCUUAAGAGGCCUAACAAAAUAAGUUCACGGAUCUCUCAAGCUCCAAUGCCUUUUAUGAAGAAAUCAGUCAGUGUUGGUCCAUGUAGAACCCUCUCUGGCAUGGGGCAACCCCGUCCGUUCCUCAAGAAAUCCAUUAGUUUAGGCUCUCAGAGAUGGGAGCAUUACGAAACCCCCAGGACUUAUAUCUCUGAGACCUGUUAUAGAGAUGAGUUCCCUUAUCCAGAUGUAAAGUCUUACAGUUUGGGUCGCACACCUGCAGUCUCUUACUCUAGACCUGGUCCUUCGUGGCAAGGGGCAGUGCCCCUUCAACCCCCCAGUAGUUGUAGUCUGGAGAGACCUCCUUACAGGGAACGACCAUACAUGACCCCCUCCUACCUCUCACAUGCCCAUGUCCCUCAAAUCCUAGAACCUUCAAAACCCACAGAACCUCAUAGACGUGAGUCUGAUCCACGUCGACAGGCCACGGUCUUUCCAGAAUUUUCCAGAUGUCCAUUAUCCUAUCGAGAAACCCUAAGGUCAGUUCAGCACAAGUAUGUACCCCAUGUUGUCCCCAGACCCUUCUUCCUGCCUAGACCUAUUGUGAGGGGAGAAUAUAUUCGUCCUGUAGAUCCUAGAAGAGGUGCCCAAAGGCCGUUUUUGCCCAGGGGUUACAGCUGGCCCUCACCAUGUCAACCAGCCUUUCUCCCGCGGGAUCACGAGGUUCAAAUGGAUCUUUAUGGAGGGGUGGGCAUGGGAAAGUGCAGGACAGAUGUUGAGGUCAGGGACAGUAGAGCAGAGGAUGGCCGAGCCAGUUAUGCUAGCCAGAGCAGCGGCCGGGGGAGCGUUGGGCCGUAUGGGCACGGGCACCUCCGGCAGUCUAUCUCUAUCACUCCCACUUUACUGAGCUCUCCAGAGACCACCGAAGAGAGCGAAAGGCACAAGGCAGAAUCGGACCUGCGAGUGCAGAGGUCAAAAAGAAGAAACACAUCAGUAGAUGAAAGUUAUGAGUGGGAUGCUACUGAAUGCCAAACUGGUGCUGACCUCCUGGAGGCCAUGAAAAUGGAGCAGGCUGGAGUGGGGAGAGGCAGGGAUCUUAGACGAGAUCGGCCUCGCUCCACCACUGGCCUCCAGGACCUGCAGGAGAAAGGCCCAUACUCCUCCGUCAGUCUCCCCCCGACGUCCCAUCCUCCUCCACGCCAGUAUGGUCGCUCACUUAGUGAAGCUCGCUUCAAUGCCCUGAGGGAAGAGUUCCAGGAGUACCGCAGAACCCAGGAAUCAUCUUCCCAAGACCCCUGCCUACCCCCAGACCCUGACUCUGAUUCAAGCUCCGCCCUGCUCUAAGAGCCUAACCUCGAACCUCCAACGGAAGGAGAUACAUAGCUUUUAGGUACAGCCCUGUCCUGGGUGGGAAUACCAAUACUCACUAACCUAAUAACUGCAACAUUCAUCUUUGGACAUAAAAAGAAACUUUGUACAAGAGAUGCUGAAUGUGCAUAAAAACUUAAUUGCAUUAGUUAUUUUGCCAUGGUGGAAACUACUGGAAAUGCGAAACCACAAAGUCCAAAAUGCAUCCAGCUGAUUACAGUGAAAACUGCCUCAGCACAGUUUACCAAAAACAUUCAAAUAAUGUAUUGAGCAUUUUUCCUUUCUAAUUUUUCACUGUGACAUUCUUGGAAAGGCCUUGAAUAAAAACCUAGCAUGAAGGUAAGCUACUAUGUUGCCUAGACCAAAACACUACAGAAACCACAGUGGCUGUACAACAUGAAAGUGUGCUUGGACAAUCAAGUUUUUUAGCCUGAAAUAUGAAAUCAUUUGUAACUGCCUCCAGUCUUCUGGUACAUAUGAAGAAUGACUGAGUCUUCAGGGCUGGUUAAAGGUAAGCUUUAAAAUGGUUUAAACUAAUACAUGAAAUCAGCCCAUUUACCUGAACUGUUACAUUCACAAAAGUGUUUUAUAGUGCAGCAUCUGUUUUUGUCUAACCUUAGAGUGUGUUUCUGCUGAGCACAAUCUGUUCAGAUCCUUUUUGGCAAAAUUUGUGGGAAAGUAGCUUAAAAGACAACUAUUGUAUGAUAAGAGUACCUUCACAAUGAUUUCAUAUAAUAUUCCUUUGCUUGAAAAUAACUAUAUGGAACAAAUGGAAUAAGCUAUUGUGGCACGUUGCCAAAUGAUUUGUGUUGUUUAUUAUUAUUUUUUUUAUUUCAAUGUUUUUUCUAUCAAUAUCAAAAUAAUGGACACUUUUGUGCUGUAGUGGAAGGACUGACUAAAACAUAUUUUAUUUAGGCCCUGUCCACAUGUAUCUAGAUAUUUGUUAAAAGCAUUUUUUGUGCAUCUGCGCUGAAUCUCAGAUACCGCCUUAGAGGGUGGGAAAUCUAUGGGAUUUUUUAAUAUCCAGGUUCUUGUGGACUAGGGCCUUAAACUUUGGACAAAAUCAGCUCGAUCUGCUCUUAAUCUGACAUUUAAGGGAAAUUCCUCUACCCACUUUAUAAUAUGACCAUAUACUGUUACUAUUUGGAGCUGUAAUACUAACACUGUCAGCUAUUUAUUCCGUUUAAAAACAGAAAAUACUGCAGUUGCAAUGAAUCCUUAUUGUUGGAUCAUUCAUCUAAUUCUGCACUGUAGCCGUUAUCAGUUGGGCAUCAGGGUACAGGUGCAGUCUUUUACUCAAUUCAUUCCCGCUGCACUUUUAAUAAUUGUUUAAAUUUAGAGCCAUUGCCUUCAAUGGAGAAAGAUAAAAAUAGACCUACCAUUUUCAAAAAUUUUCAGUGCCUGAUAUGAAUUUGUAUGUCAUCUCAAAUUGUAUUUGAAAUGUGUUGUUUAUUGUCAUAUUGCUCAGUAAGCCACCGUUUAUUUGUAGUUUUUCUCCCAUGAUGAAUUGGAAGAUAAAAUACAGAAAUUUCUGGCAGAAAUCUUUACCACCACCUGCUUUCUCAAAUUUGAAAUAUUCUACUUUUACACUAAAAAUUUGUUUCUUCUGAUGUAUUUUUAUUUCAUGCUUACAGAACACAGAGCAUAUGAUGAACACCACUGUUUACAUAAAAUCUCCAUGUCAAUGUGAAUGGUAAAUUAUUAACAGUCUUUACAUUGCUGGUGAAAUGUUGUCCUGUUGCUGAUUGUCAGUUUUUACUGUCUGUAAUGUUUGUAUAUACAGUAUUUUGUCAAUAGUUUCUUGUCAAAUUGUUUUUAUUUUAGAUUGUAAGAAAGAAAACUAUCAUAUAUUUAAAAUAAAACUGUAAAUUUUGUAAAAGAAGAUGUUUUUUUUUUUUUUUUUUUUUUUUCCCAAAGAUGAUUUUCCAGUUUUGUACAAAUUGGUCAGAAAUAUGCUGAUUUUAUAUCUGUUCCUAUUUCAUUUUUUAUCACUGUGUUCUUUGUUAUUUUUAUAUGUUUUUAUUAAAGUGUCUUUAUUUACUAAAUUAA